GUUUAUGAAAUUCGGUUAUGAGCCGUGUCGGACUGCAGCUCCCAGCACGCACCGCGGCCGGACUACAGCUCCCGGCAUGCCGGGCCGGACCACAGCGCCCAGCGGGUCCCGCGCUUGCAAGAUGGCGGCGCCCAGGGGCGGCUCGGGCCCGGACAGCGGCACCGGCUCGGACUCGGACUCGGACAGCGGCGGGGAAGCGGCCGCGCGGUUCCGGGAGGCUGCCUGGGACUGCACCGCGCUGGCGGAGCCGCGUAGCGGGGGCUUUAAAAAGGAUCGGUUGCAGCCUAAAGAUCAGCCAAGCCUGAGGCGUGAGGCAAUCGGCCGCCAGGAGGGUGACAAUGAGCUCCAGACAACUCCAGAGUUCAGAGCACACGUUGCAAAGAAACUGGGAACCAUGCUGGACAGUUUCAUCACUGUCUUGAAGGACUCCUCAGGACCAUCACAGACUUCGCUGGCACAGUCUGACUCUGAAGAUGAUGGUUUUCGCCUCUUCUCUUCCUCUGUCCCUGGAGACUGUGGGAAAGCAGAGCCUUGCCCUGCAGCAGGGAGGAGGAGGCCAGUUAGCUCCAGUGACACAGACAGUGAUGAAGAGUGGCAGAGGUGCCAGGAGGCUGCCGUGUCAGCUGCAGACAUUCUGAAGCAAAGUGCUUUCCCUGCAUUGUCCCAGGCCUCCAGCCAGGAUCAGAGUCAGGGCUAUGUAGAGCCCAACCAGAAAAAAAAGAAGAAGAAGAAAAUUAGGAGAGAGAAUAAUAUUCAAGAGAAAAUAAUAGACCCAGCAGAGUGUGACCAGAUCUGCAAAGAUUUGCCUCGGUUGGUGUCUGUAAAUGGCCAGCAGGAGAGACAGAACAGCAAUCACAGAGAGAACUCUGUGCUGCCAGGAGCUGUGAAGAAGAAAAAGAAGAAGAAAAAAGAAUGAUGAUUUUGCUCUGCAAACAGCAGGUGGUUUUGACGGGUGAAAGAAACUGAAAGAAAACCUAAAAACAAGAGUUGCUGCAGAUGAGGGAAAAUUAAUUGGCAAAGUGUCUGUUCUAAAAGCUCAGUGGCCUGAGAGACUAAUUAAGUGACUUCCUGUGCUCCUGGCGUCCCCGAGGAAGGGAACAUUGUUCUCCUCACACAGCAGUUGUCUGUGCUGCUGCUUAUGCAGGCCCAGUCUAAAAGGAUUAAAUACUGUGCCAGACUUGCAUGACAGAGGGAUGUGAUCAUAGCUGCAUUCCUCCUGGUCUGUUCCCUCACAUCUGAAACCCUUCUGGAGAAAGUGUAUGAUGAAUUGAAUUUGGUUUACAUGGCAACAGGUGAUCAACUGCCUUUUCUCUUGUAGACCACUAAGAAUAGCUCCAGCCCGUGGGAGACUCAUUUAUCAAAAGUAUCCUCUCAGAAAUCAGGGUCCCUUGUUUUUUCCCUGCAAGCAUCAUAACAAUCUGUUUUUGAAACCUGCUGUGUUACUAAUCCCUCUGCAAUCUGCACCUCUCCAGGGCCCUUGCACAUAAACAGAGUGUGGUGAGCUGAUUUCAGGGUUGGUGUAAAUGCAUCCUACUGUUCCACUUGUCUCUGUUGUAUUUUUUUUAUGUAUAGGGUUUUUUUUAUGGCAUCUGUUGUUAUUAAAUUUUACUACACUCUUGGACCUACUUAA